AUGAGCGUAUUUGAACGUCUACAGGCGCCCACGGCGUCUUCGGAGCGCAAGGCCAAGGCUGCCAUCGCUCGGCGCCGGGAACAUGCCAAACUGCAGCUGGCUGAUGCCCAGAACCGACCCCGCGCCGCCAUGCGCCGCGAUGUCUUUGUGUACGAUCCCAUCAUUGAGCGGCGUGCCAGCAGCAAAAAAGCGGGCAAUUCGGGGUCACGAUCCGCCAGUUCAUCCCGCCGCGGCUCCCUGAAGCGUCCACUAGCCGGCGCGACGUCUGCCCCCGAGACUCCCAUCACUGGCCACAGUAAAGCCCAACAACGCGGGGCCACUCCCCGGGAUCACCAACAGGCAGUCACAGGCCCCAAGCGAGCAAGUCCAUCAAAGACUGACGAGGACAUUUCACCUGCUCGGCCGGCUCCCAUGGAGCGGCGGCUCACGGCCGAGUCGCUCGAUCUCCUCGACCCCAUGUCUCUGGAGGAGCGCAUUCGCUCCCUCUCCACGGAGGCCUUUGACAUUACUGGUUUGCUACCUGCCGAUGCGGUCCAUUCAAGCGAGGUUGCAGAGUCAAUAGACAGUGGCACCAUGGCCGCCCCCUCUCGCAUCUCCACGACCAUGACCUCGGUCAGCCAGCGUGGUCGCCGACACCUACCUGUUCGCCUGCCGCACGCCAACGACCCCACUCUGAAUGCCCACGCCUCGGCGCACAGCCCCCCAUCGUCAAGGGCCAUCCAGCAUACGACCACUGGUGCCGGCAAUCGCCCGGGCCACAGUCCUCAGAGUCAAAAGAGCCCGCAAGCCCCAUCGCCUCGCACCCCCAGUAAAGGUACGGCCUUCACGCCCACGGCGCGGGCUCGGGCCACCGCGGCGGCGUCCCCCGUUGCGGGAAAGAACUCCACAGCAGCGGCGCGCAGUCCUCGCCAGGGUGGCAGCGCAGGCGCCAGCCCGAGGCCCCGCAGUGCGCCCAAUGGUCGCUCGCCCGGCAGUCGCUCGACCCGACUCGAUGAAGCAAGUGUGCCCUCGGUCAUCUAUGAAGCCCCCACCCCGUCACCACCUCCAGCAAGUCCGGGGCCCAUCUCCAGGCGCAGCUCUGGGCGUAGCACGCCCGCACGCUCACCCGCCACUCCGAAUGCGGUUAGCACCGGCGUGGGCGUGGCAUCUCGCAGUCGACGCACACCGCCCCCAAAGAGCCUCGGCGGCUCCACCCGUCGCAAGGCCGGUGCGGCGACCUCAAGCGUCCGCUCGACCACGGCCAAGCCCAUCUUGCGACGGCUCGACCGCAUGCUGCUCGUGCGCGAUUUGGACCUGACGCUCAGCGUUGGGCGCUGUUCUCCUUUGUUGGAUGUCUGUGCGCGGCGCCUUGAGUGCGUACGAGGGGUUCAACGCGCCGCCGACAAUCUACGAUCCCUGGGCCUGCAGAUUAGUGAGCAGGAUAUCAACGAAUUGGCCGGUUAUCGCAAGCCGCGUGCAGAGGUCGUUCACAUCCUGACUGCCUUUGUCGCACUUCUGGACCCUGCCGAGGACUGGCACAAUCUCACCGUCGAAUGGGACCUUGUCAAAGCCCGCAUCAAGGCCCGGAAACAGGCCAUGGCGGAAACGGCAGUGGGCGGGUUGCCUGCAAUGGUGACGGUGGUGGAGGUGCAUCGCGACAAUGCGACCAAGUUGUUGCCGCGGUUGAUGCUGGCGCUCUCUCGCGCUAGCUUUGUGGCGCUGGACCUUGAGAUGACGGGUCUUGGCGAUCGCCGGCAGGCUCGGGCCAAGGACAUGAACACCAAAUAUGGGGUGUACUGCCAAGCGGCUCGCUCGCGUGCACUGCUAUCCAUGGGACUGGCAGUUUUUUCCGAAAGCCACCCACAAGCAGAGUCUUCAGAGAAUGCUGUAGUGCACUAUCAGGUUCAGGUCUUUGAGCUGCUUCUAUCCAGUUUGCGUGAAUACGUGGUGGAACCGCUCAGCCUGCAAUUUUUGUUGCGGCAUGGCUUCGACUUUAAUCGCCAGGUGCGCGACGGGCUGACCUACACGCCCGGGGCUGGUGCCACCGAAGCUGAGGCCCCGCCUGCAAGCAAGCGCGCCAAGGCCGGGUCAGCGUCAGGGUCAGGGCCGGGGCCGGGGCCGAGGUCUGACUCCGCUGCUUCGAGGGCUCUGAUCCGUAAAGAGGUGCCCCGGCGUGUGUUCGAGGCAUUGAUACAAAGCACCGCGCCCAUCGUGACGCACAAUGGGCUUCUUGAUCUUUGCUUUCUGUAUCAGCACCUGUGGGCUGAUCUACCUGCGACGCUGGACGUGUUUGUGGCCGACUGUUCCCAGCUCUUUGGCCGAGUCAUUGACACCAAAUAUGUGGCCGAGUAUGAGGCGCGAGAGCCGGCGUCAUUUCUCGAGUAUUUGUUUCGCACCGCUUUUCGACGUGUGCAGCGGGGCGUUGGCAUGGCGCUGCAGCAGCCUGCGUACACCAUGCAUCUGCCCGCAUCCUAUCGCGGCGAGUACGCCAUGCCCGCGCUACAGAGUAGAUGGCCCUUGACCGAGGCGUCGCGACUGUGUCGCCAUUACGAGCGCUUUGGGCAUUGCAAUAGGGGAGAGGCUUGCCCAAACCUACACGACCUGGAUCUGGUGCUGGAUGUACAGGAAGCGCGUACACGCAAGCCGCGCCAAACACCAUCGGGCGACCAACCCAGUUCUGUGCCUUUGACUGUGGCCCCAAGUGGUGCAGCCGGCAACACGGUUCAUGGUCAUCGGGCAGGCUUUGAUGCAUUCAUGACUGGGUUCUACUUUGCGAGUUGGGCUGCGGGAGUGACUUCUGAAAAGCAGUCGUCCGUGGAGCGCCAAAUCUACGUCAUGGGCCGUGAUCGCCCCCUCCUGCUCACCAAGAGCCAGUUUACCAACUAUAGCGCUGGUCACACCGCACGAUGGGCUCAGCUACAUCCUGACUCCCAGAGCGGAGCAGAGCAGAGCUGA